CUCAGUUGGAGUAGAGCAGUGAAAGGGGGAGGACGUGCCGCUGCUGCUCGUCCGCCACCCUUAAAAAAUGGAGUUAUCUUUAGUAGGGGAUCGAGUUUACGCAGCCGAAUGCAUUCAGAAGAAGCGAGUUAGGAGGGGACGAGUGGAAUAUCUGGUGAAGUGGAAAGGCUGGUCUAAUAAACACAACACUUGGGAGCCAAUUGAGAAUAUUUUGGACGUUCGCCUUUUAGAAGCCUUCGAAGAGAGCCAGCGGGAGAGCGUGGGCGCCAAGAGAGGACCUAAGCCGAAAAAUAAGCCAAGAGACGCCCAUCACGUUCUAAGAGAGAGCCGCAGCACCAGCAGCACCACCUCCCUGGACCGUGAGGCAGCGGAGAGGAGCGGGGGCAGCAGCGCAUCGUCCCGGGUGGAGCUUGACACCACCACUGAGGAUGACGACUAUGACGACAACACCACCACCACCACCACCACCGUCACCACCACCACCACCACCACCACCACCACCUCCACUCCAUCCUCCCCCACUACCACUACCACAACCCCCUCCUCCCCAACCACCACUAGUACUGUUCCAGGGGGCUCGCCGGUGAUGCCCCCAGUCACCACCACCCCGCAGCCCCCCUCGAGCCCCCCAGCGUCCCCCCCCACAGUGGGUAAACGUAAGGCGGAACCUUUGAGGGACGGGAAGGUGGGGAUCUCCAUUACUAAAGACAAUUCAGAUGGGGACUCCAGCCCUCCCCCCUCCAAAACCCCUGCCUUACCUCCCCAAGCCCCUACCCCCUCACGCCCCCUAACCACGCCCCUGACCACCACCACCACCACCAUGUAGCGUCACCUAAAUCCAAGCGACCCCUCUCCCCAGACACCCCCCCAGGGAAGCCUCAGGGCCCGGGGGGGGAUGGUGUGGGUUCCCAGGGGGUUCCUCCGCCCCCCUCCGCCCCCCCUCCACCCCCCCCUACGGUGAAUGGAUCAGUGAAGGCAAAAGAUGCAAAUGUGUCUGAACAGGUGAAGGAGAAUCACGAGGAGAGUGUGGUGGAGGGGGAGGAGGAGGUGGAGGAGGCGGAGGAGGUGAAACGGGAAGGGGUGGAGGGGAGGAGGAGGAGGAGGAGGAGGAGGAGGAAGAGGAGGAGGAGGAGGAGGAGGAGGAGGAGGAACAAGAGGUCCUAGUGGCGCCCGACCCCAGCUACUGGUACCAGCGGAACCCUUUGGCUGAUGAGAUCUUUAUCACCGACGUCACUGCGAAUCUCAUCACUGUCACUAUUCGAGAGUGCAAGAAACGACAAGGAUUCUUUAAAGAUAAUACUGAUGAGAACCAGAAUUCCCAGUCAUCCAUUAAGUGAGGGGGUGCUUGGGGGGUGUGUGGGCCCCUGGGUGUGGUGUUGUGAUGUUGAGGUGGUGUUGAGAAAAAUCGUGGACAAUGGAACUAUACAAACUGGAGAAGGAAUGUUAGCAGGAGGUGGAAAUCUGACUGUGUCGUGGUGUUGACUGACUGUGUGGUGUUGACUGGUGUUGAGGUGGAAAGAUGGAAAGAGGAGGAGGAGGAGGAGGAAAUCUGGGUGUUGUGGAGAAGAGGAGGAGGAAGAAGAGUCCUUUGAAGAAGAAGAAGAAGAAGAGGAAGAGGAGGGAAGCUGACUGGAUGUGGUGUUGUGAAGUGGUGUAGUGGUGUAGCGUGGUGAUGACUAGUGGUGUUGAAGUGACGAGAAAAUUUAGCAAACUGGAGGAGGAGGAGGAGGAGGAGGAAGACAAGAAGAAGGAACAGAAGGAGGAGAAGGAGGUGGUGAUGGUGUUGUGGUGUUGACUAGUGGUGUUUGAAGUGGAGAAGUAGAGGAGAGUAACAUUAAGAGGAGGAGGAGGAGGUGGUGGUGAUGGUGGUGGAGGUGGAAGGAGAAUAAAUGGAAGAAUAAAAGAGGAGGAGGAGGAAGAGGAAGAGGAGGAAGGAAGGAAAAUUGAGAAUGAAAAAGGAAGAACAAGAGGAAGAGAAGAAGAAGAAGAAGGAGGAGGAAGAAGAAGAAGAAGAAGAAGAAGACGACUUUUUAUGACAAUUUUAAACCAAGAAGAAGAGGAAGAGGAAGAUUUUACUAUAUUCCCUGCAAGAAGAAGAAGAAGAAGAGGAGGAGGAGGAAGAGGAGGAG